CGCUCUCAGUUUGAGAUUCAACUGUGUCGGCUGAUUGUUCUCACAGGGUCACAACCGGCAGUAACAACUUUGUCUCACUGUUGUCUUCUUCGUUUCAAGUUUCCAGCUGAGAAGAUAACACAAACAGAGGAAACCAGACGCUUUACUGCCAACAUGCAUGUAAUUAAGCGAGAUGGACGACAGGAGGGAGUUACUUUUGAUAAAAUCACAUCUCGCAUCCAGAAACUCUGCUAUGGGCUCAAUUCUGACUUUGUGGACCCUGCUCAGAUCACGAUGAAGGUGAUCCAGGGUCUGUACAGUGGAGUCACCACUGUGGAGCUGGACACUCUGGCAGCAGAGACUGCCGCCACCCUCACCACCAAACAUCCUGACUAUGCAAUCCUGGCCGCACGAAUCGCCGUGUCUAACCUGCACAAAGAGACCAAGAAAGUCUUCAGUGAUGUGAUGGAGGACCUGUACAACUAUGUCAACCCGUUAAAUAAGCGUCACUCCCCUAUGAUCUCCAAGGAGACGCUCGACAUUGUCCUUGAUAACAAGGCUCGCCUCAACUCCGCCAUCAUUUUCGACAGAGACUUUUCUUACAACUUCUUCGGCUUUAAGACUCUUGAGAGGUCUUAUUUGUUGAAGAUUAACGGCAAAGUUGCUGAGAGACCCCAGCACAUGCUAAUGAGAGUGGCCGUCGGGAUUCAUAAAGGAGACAUUGAUGCAGCCAUUGAGACCUACAACUUGCUGUCAGAGAAGUGGUUCACCCAUGCCUCCCCUACUCUGUUCAACGCUGGCACCAACAGGCCACAGCUGUCCAGUUGUUUCUUGCUGGCCAUGAAGGAUGACAGUAUUGAAGGUAUUUACGACACACUGAAACAGUGUGCCCUCAUCUCUAAAUCAGCCGGAGGUAUUGGACUGGCAGUUAGCUGUAUCAGAGCAACAGGUGGCUAUAUUGCUGGGACUAACGGCACAUCCAACGGGCUGGUUCCUAUGCUUAGAGUCUACAACAAUACAGCACGUUAUGUUGACCAGGGCGGCAACAAGAGACCUGGGGCCUUUGCUGUGUACCUGGAGCCGUGGCAUUCCGAUGUGUUUGACUUCUUGGAGUUGAAGAAAAACACAGGUAAAGAGGAGCAGAGGGCCAGAGACCUGUUCUUCGCACUGUGGAUCCCAGACCUCUUUAUGAAACGAGUGGAAAGCAAUCAGGACUGGUCCCUGAUGUGUCCCAGUGAAUGUCCUGGGUUAGAGGAGUGCUGGGGAGAGGAGUUCGAGGAGCUCUACACUCGGUAUGAGAAGGAAGGCAGGGCUAAGCGUGUGGUGAAGGCUCAGCAGCUGUGGUACGCCAUCAUCGAGUCACAGACAGAAACCGGCACACCAUACAUGCUCUACAAGGACGCCUGCAACAGAAAGAGCAACCAGCAGAAUCUGGGCACCAUCAAAUCCAGCAAUCUAUGUACAGAGAUCGUAGAGUAUACAAGCAAAGACGAGGUUGCAGUGUGUAACCUGGCAUCCAUUGCCCUCAACAUGUACGUCACCCCAGAGAGGACCUUUGACUUUAAAAAGCUUCUAUCCGUCACCAAGGUCAUCGUCAAGAACCUGAACAAGAUUAUUGACAUCAACUACUACCCAGUGCCUGAGGCUGAAAGGUCAAACAAGCGCCACAGGCCAAUUGGAAUCGGAGUGCAGGGUCUGGCUGACGCCUUUAUUCUUAUGCGUUACCCAUUCGAAAGCCAGGAGGCCCAGCUGCUCAACAUCCAGAUCUUUGAGACCAUCUACUACGCUGCCCUGGAGGCCAGCUGCGAGCUGGCAGCUGAGCUCGGCCCUUAUGAAACCUACGCUGGCUCUCCUGUCAGCAAGGGAAUCCUUCAGUAUGACAUGUGGGGCCAGACCCCGACAGAUUUGUGGGACUGGAAGGCGUUGAAGGAGAAAAUUGCCAAGCAUGGUGUGAGGAACAGUCUGCUCAUGGCCCCCAUGCCCACAGCCUCCACUGCCCAGAUCCUCGGCAACAAUGAGUCCAUUGAGGCCUACACCAGCAACAUCUACACCCGCAGGGUGCUCUCAGGAGAGUUUCAGAUUGUGAAUCCUCACCUGCUGAAGGAUUUAACAGAAAGAGGAUUGUGGAGCGAUGAAAUGAAGAACCAGCUGAUUGCUCAGAACGGCUCCAUCCAGGAUAUCGAAGAGAUCCCCGAUGAUCUGAAGCAGCUGUAUAAAACUGUGUGGGAAAUCUCCCAGAAGACUGUCCUCAAGAUGGCAGCAGAUCGAGGCGCCUACAUUGACCAGAGCCAGUCCCUCAACAUUCACAUCGCUGAGCCAAACUAUGGCAAACUUUCCAGCAUGCACUUCUACGGUUGGAAGUUGGGCCUGAAAACUGGCAUGUACUACCUACGGACAAAGCCCGCUGCCAACCCCAUUCAGUUCACCCUGAACAAGGAGAAAUUAAAGGAAGCCCAAUCAGCCAAGAGUGAGGAGGAGGAGACCAAAGAGCGCAACACUGCCGCCAUGGUUUGUUCACUAGCAAAUAAAGACGAGUGCCUGAUGUGUGGCUCUUAAGUGAAGUGUGAUUCACUCAGACAAACGCGCUUCCCCUUUAAUCACCAGCUUCCGCACUAAAAAUGUAUUUUUGGAAACACCGGGUGCUUAUAAUUAGUAUAUGGCUUCUUACUUGUGUUUUUUAUACGCCGCUGUCUUCAGGUUACAAAUCCUUGCAGUUUUUAUUUAAUAUUUGUUGGAUUUUCAUCAUGAAAUGUGUGUUGUAUGCAUGUUCUGUAUAGAAUUAAUAGGAUGAAAUGAAUUAAUAUUUACCUUUAGGUUUUUUUUAAAAUCAACCGUUUUGUAAUAUGUUGGUGACAGCAAUGAAUUAAUUAAUGAAAUGGUCUGUAUUUUAGAUAGAAUAUUAAACUUUUGUCAAACAAUGGUCUUAAUUUAUGUAAAGUCUCAUUAGUUAUUACAUUAUUGUAAAGAGUCUGUGGACCUGGAGUUACUGGGAUAUUUCAGAACCUGUACCAUGUACUGUAUGUUAUCUAGUUCAGAGGUUCCUAACCUUUUUUGGCCUGUGAUUAUGUUCUCUCUAUUUGUGACCCCUUGUCAAAGAUUGCAUAUAUGUUUACAGGGCAACCAAAGAGUUAUUUACUUGAAUACUUUAUAGGCCUGAAUAAGUUAAAUAAAAAUCAGUAAUUCACGAAAAGGAGCAAAGAUUAGACAAACAUAAUAUUAUGUAGCAUAAAUGUGUUUUUUUCCCCUCUGCUGUCCUAUUCUGAAUCCUCUUGUGACCCUUUACGAUUUAUCUUUUGACUCCCAGGUUGGGAACAACUGAUCUAGUUAUACUUCAGACUUUCAUUAAUUUUGACUCGAACAGUAAUUUAAGAUGUGGACUUAUUGAAGUUUUUUGUUUGUUUGUUGGGUUUUUGUACAUUAAAUAAGGAACUGUUGUAUUUUUUACAUCCAG